GAGGUUUUAAUAAAGUGUUCCGCAUAUUUUACGUCAUUUUUGAACUUCGACUGCGUCAGACUGGUGUCAAACCGUAUUCUGUGGAACUGAGACAGUGUGUGGUGUGCUCGCUCGUGAUUCGUUUUCUGGAAGUUUACACAGUGCAAGUAGCUUAUCGUUAUUAUCUUUAUUAAAAUCUAGACUUGGAAUUGUUAAAUUAAGAUUAAAAAAUGGUUAAGGAAACAACAUUUUAUGACAUCCUUGGAGUGAAACCCAGUUGUACGACAGAUGAGCUUAAGAAGGCAUAUAGAAAAUUAGCACUCAAAUACCACCCGGACAAGAAUCCCAAUGAGGGGGAGAGGUUCAAGCAGAUCUCCCAGGCGUAUGAGGUGCUCUCCAAUCCAGACAAGAGGAGAAUUUAUGACCAAGGUGGCGAGCAAGCCCUCAAAGAAGGCGGUGGUGGCGGUGGCGGCUUCUCUUCCCCCAUGGACCUGUUCGACAUGUUCUUCGGUGGGGGCUUCAGCGGCGGCCGCCGGCGCGGGCGCGAACGGAAGGGCAAGGACGUCAUCCACCAGCUGUCCGUCACACUGGAAGAGCUGUACCGGGGUGCUGUUAGGAAGCUGGCGCUGCAGAAGAAUGUUAUCUGCGAGAAGUGUGAGGGCCGCGGUGGAAAGAAGGGUGCGGUCCAAACAUGCCCAACAUGCCGUGGCUCCGGCAUGCAGGUCCAGAUCCAGCAGCUGGCUCCGGGCAUGAUCCAGCAGAUCCAGACGGUGUGCAGCGAGUGCCGUGGGCAGCGGGAGAUCAUCGACCCUAAGGACCGCUGCAAGGUUUGCCAGGGUCGCAAGACCGUGCGGGACCGCAAAAUCCUAGAGGUGCACGUGGACAAGGGCAUGACUGACGGACAGAAGAUUGUGUUCAGCGGGGAAGGCGACCAGGAACCAGAACUGGAGGCCGGCGACCUUAUUAUCGUUUUAGACGAAAAGGAACAUGAAUUGUUCAAACGCUCCGGCAACGAUCUCAUUCUCCGCCUCAACAUCGAGCUGGUGGAAUCGCUGUGCGGAUUCCAGAAGGUCAUCCGGACCCUGGACGACAGAGACAUUGUGAUAACGGUCAUGCCCGGGGAGGUCACUAAGCAUGGCGAGGUCAAGUGUGUGCUGAAUGAAGGCAUGCCGAUGUACAAAAACCCGUUUGACAAGGGCCAGCUCAUCAUCCAGUUCCUAGUUAACUUCCCGAGCAACAUUCCCCCCGAAGUCAUUCCCGCGCUUGAGAACUGCCUGCCGCCGAGACCAGUGGUGGACAUCCCCGAGCUGGCCGAGGAGUGCCACCUGGUGGACUUGGACCCGGAGCAGGAGUCGCGGCGGCGGCGCGCGCACGCCGGCCCCGCCUACGACGAGGACGACGACCACCCCGGCAUGAACCGAGUGCAGUGCGCCACCAGCUAGGCUAGCCUACCCUUACGCUAUACGCUAUACCGAGGCCGAGAGGAACCAACCUCACACGUUAUAUAUUUAACUAAGGUCCACUUGCACCAUCCUACUAUCCUGGGGUUAAGCGGUUAAACCGUUUACCUGGUGUCAAAUUGUAUGGGUAACCAUGGUAACUCCAGGUUUAACUGGUUAACCCCGGGCUAGUGGAAUGGUGCAAGUGGCGCUUAAACGAGAUGACGUCGCCGUUAUACGAUUUGAGUAUAAUAAAACUGUUCAUUCGCUCUUUUUAAUAUAUUUAACACUUUCUUUGCUAAACGCCCUAUUCCUAAUACAAAAUAAACGCACCUAGCGUGUUUUUGGCGGUGAUUUUGUUACUGUCGUGUCGAUGGAGACAAAACAUUUUUUGCACGUUUUAAGAACAUCGACUCUACAGUACUGUCCUAGCCGUUAAAUUCAAAAUGUAGACGAUUAGCCUGACGGAAUAAUUUUCGCAUAAUAUAUACUUAUAGUGACGCAAGUGAACUCCAUAAAGUGAACAUAGGUUUCCACUUUCGAGCACCGAGAGUUGUGAGACCCAUUCGCAAUAACUAUAAACGUGAGUAAAACCGUAUUAAUAUGAGUAAUUCUUUUAAAUAUAUUCUUCUUCUUUAAAUAUAUUCUUUAUAAUAUAUUUCAUACCUCAGUAAAGAAUACUUCUUCAUGGCAGAGUCUCGUUUAUUCAAUAAUGUCUGAGGGGGGUUUCACACCUGCUCUUUCUAUACGAUGACUAUGCGUCGAUCGUUAUAGUUACUUUACAGUAAGCCUAUGGCAGCGUUUAAUGCGUGAUAACGGCAACAUAGUGUAUGCCACUUUCCAAUACCCUUGACCGAAUGUGACGUGCUUUAUUUUCGUUUACCAUGUUAUAACUCAACCAUAAUAAACCUUCCGCUCUAGAUAAGUUGUAAUAGAGCGCUAAUUCACCUUUUGACAGUCACAGACGGCCGUGGCCGUCAUCGGAAAAUCUUGCCAAGGACGCCAACGACGGCUACAGCCGUCAGCUUCGCCAAUGCAAUUGGGACUUACGCGGGACUCCGUUAAGUUCAAUUUCGCUUAAAUAAUCGGGUUGCCUGGCCACCGGGGCACGGCAUAUUCCUUCGCCGUCUGGCGUUCAAAAGGUUAAAAAAUCGUUCACACAAUUUAUACCACCCAUAUAUUUUGUCUUAAUAAUAAUUGAAAGAGACUAACCUAAUAGUGGUAACACACUAUCGCACCGCACCAAGGUCAUUGUGCGACGCACCCAUAAGUAAGAGCGAGAAAGCGAUAUCUCUUUAUCGGUGCGUCGCACAAUGACCUUGGUGCGGUGCGAUAGUGUGUUACGGCCUUAACUCUGCAUGACAUUUGCAAUUACCAAAUGCCCACACUUUGUCAUGUUCAAGUCGGUGCAAAGUUAGUUUGGCCGGACUCUAAAAAAAUCUUUGUAGGUAAAACCAAUUCAGUAAAACUCAUGUUUUGAUAGCCCUAUUUUCAAUAUUUUAGCCCUCUGUUAUAACUGUCAGACUGCAGGACUUUUAGAAAAGAUAAUCAAAUAUUAUAACAAUAAAUUAGUUAUUGUGAACGCAAGAUUAUAAUUUUAACUGAAGCGUGAAUUUGAGAUCCCAGUUGGAACUCGUAGGUAUAGAAGAUGACUAAUAGUUUGCGAGGUACUGUUGUACCAACCACGCCAAUGGACCUUAUCCUAUAUGACUUUUAUGAUUAUAUUUAAUUGUAGGCAUCGCAUGUAAUGUUACUUCAGCCUCAUCGUAGCUACUAUAAUUUGCGCAUUAUAACCUUUUUUUGUAUUUAAUGUGAGUGGCGAUUUUUAUAAAUAUACCGAUUUUGUUGAAAUAAAUAAUAAAGUUUAUUUCAUGUAUUACAUCGACGAUACUACGAGUAUAGCUCUUAUUGCUAGAUGAAUUACCUAUUUAUAUUAUUUAGUAAUAAAAGCAUAAUUAAGGCGGGAUGUUAGGUCCAUUAGCUUUAUGGUGAUUGUAUUAGCGUUAGUUAAUUGUAACUAUGAAGUAAUCAUCACUGUGAUUUUUAUUUCUUUUCUCUUUUUAGAUAAUUGUGUUCGUACUAUUUUUAUUUUAAGCUCCUAGCUGACAUGGUAUUAACAUGCAUAAAUAUUUAAUUUAUGUUUAGCACGAAAACGUAACAUUGUCAAGACUUUUAUAACGUCAAAUUAAAUUAUUUGUUUGACUAAGUCAUAAAAACCUGUAUUCGAUGGGCCAUUUUAUUUAAAGUUGUCCCCUACACUUUUUUUUCCAAAUUGGGAUUUUUUUUAUGUUAUUUCGACUCAGAAUCAUGAGCUCUUUUGAUCCUAAUAGGAGAAAAAAAGUGUCCCAAGAUUUCCAUACAUUUUUCGAUCUUUCCAUUCCGAAGCCGCCAUACAAAGUCUAUGAAAAAAUGGUAACGAAAUGGGAAAAAAACCUUGGUACACUUUUUUUCUCCUGUUAGGAUAGAAAGAGCUCGUGAUUCUGAGUAGAAAUAACAUAAAAAUCCCAAUUUUGAAAAAAAAGUGUAGGGGACAACUUUAAAUAAAAUGGCCCGGAUGUUUAAUCUCAACAAAAUAGCCAAUUGAUACACUCCUGUAAUACAAAUAUAAGAAAGUUUUUGUCUCAAA